CUCUUGGAGGGAUAAAAGUCUUGUGCUGGAGCCCCAGGGCAGGACUCAUUCACCUCAUCUGUCCAUCUGUUUGAAGCUGCUGAGACCAUCCGUCCUGAUCAUGUCCCGUGUGCCUUUUGGUGCCCAUGGAGGCUUCAGUGCCCACUCUGCUUGCUCUGCCCAGCUGGGGAACUGGCGCAGAGCUGGCAGCAGGGAAGCAAAGACAAACGGUGGCUUCAGCAGCCGAAGCUUUUGUUCCAUGGGAGAGGCGAGGGGCCUCUCUAGCAGAGGAGACAGAAGCUGGGCGCCACGGGGCAGAUUUGGGGGGAAGUUUGGGCAGGGUGGGGUUGGGGCUGGUCUUUGUCCCCCAGGAGGCAUCCAAGAGGUCACCAUCAAUCAGAAUCUCCUAAGUCCUCUCAAGAUUGAGAUUGACCCUCAGUUCCAAACUGUCCGGGCUCAGGAAACCCAGCAGAUUAGAGCCCUCAACGACCAGUUUGCUUCCUUCAUCGACAAGGUUCGAUUUCUGGAACAACAGAACAAAGUGCUGGAGACCAAGUGGCAGCUUUUGCAGGACCAGGAGGGGAUGGGCGGCCACCUUCAAACCAUGGAGCCUUUCUUUGAGGCUUAUAUAGCCAGGCUGAGAAGGCGACUAGAGCAGCUCCAGGGGGAACGUGGAUCACUAGCCUUGGAGCUGAAGUCUUGUCAAGAGCAGGAGGAGGAUUAUAAAACCAAGUAUGAACAGGAGGCUUUCAAACGUCCCAUAGCUGAGAACGACCUUGUGGUUCUCAAAAAGGACACAGAUGGUGUUUACAUGAGCAAGGUGGAACUACAAGGCAAAGUGGAUACUCUUCGAGAAACCAUCUGCUUUUUGAAACGUAUCUUCAAUCAAGAACUCAGUCAGAUUAAGACUCAUGCCAACGAUGCUUCAGUGAUUGUUUCUAUGGACAAUAACCGAUACCUGGAUCUGGGAAGCAUCAUUUCAGAGAUCCGAGCUCAGUAUGAACUUAUUGCUCAAAGGAGCAAAGCAGAGGCUGAAGCCAUGUACCAGACCAAGUAUCAGGAACUUCAAAUGUCUGCAGAGAAACAUGGAGACAGCAUAAGAGACACCAAGAUUCAAAUCACUGAGCUGACCCAAGCAAUUCAGAGACUUCAAAAUCAGAUUGAGAAUAUUAAGAAGCAGAAUGCCACAAUCCAGUCAACCAUCACUGAUGCUGAACAACGUGGAGAACAGGCCAUCAAGGAUGCGCAGGUCAAGGUGGUGGACUUAGAGAAUGCGCUUAAGAAAAGUAAGCAAGACAUGGCAAGACUGCUCCGAGACUACCAGGAGCUGAUAAGCACCAAACUGGCCCUGGAUGUGGAAAUAGCCACUUACAGGAGACUACUGGAGGGCGAGGAGUGCAGGAUGUCUGGGGAAUACAUUGACAAUGUCAGCAUCUCAAUGGUUGGUGGAGGUACCACUAGCUCUGGAGGAUGUGAAAACUCGGGAUUCAGCUGCUCCAGUGUUGUUGUUGGAGGCUCCCAUUUAGUCAAAGACCCUGGUUCUGGAUCCAUGUCUGCCUCUGGUUCUGGCUUCUCUAAAUCCAGUUCCAGUUCUGUCACUGGCACCAUCUUGAAGAAGACAACUAUGUCAACUUUGAAGACUGUCAUAUACUGAAUGACAGAGUGGAUCCCAAAGGCAAACCCUUUAAUGGCCCAGACAGAGUUCCACAAUUCAGAGCUUUCCCUCCUCAGCCAGCUGGGUCCCUUUUAUGUUCCCUCAUAGUUCCAGACAUUGAUCAAUGCUUUUUCUUUCCCACAAACAUUAACAGCUCAGAUUUUUAUAGUUUCAUUUUCUCACAAUGUCUCUAUAAGUCAUGUAGUACAAAUAUUGUUAUACCUAUUUUAAUGACAAGGAAAAGGAUGAUCAGAGACUUUAUUGAUUUACUUGAGGUCACAUAACUAUGAAAAGCCAGACUAGGACUGGACCUGUGCUAACAGGGUAGAAAGAGUAUUGGCUUUGGAGGACUUGAGUUCAAAUCCCAGCUCUGUCACAGAGGUACAAGCUCUCAGGCAAUUUGUUUAAUCUCUUUGGGUUUCACCUUCAAACAAGGGUUUGCGAUUCUGGAGCAACAAUAAAGUUUAUUUGUU